AUGCCAACAACCUCCAAGGUUAGAGGGAGCGGGCUUCGCUUGCGGCCAUUCUAUACGACUGUCUUCCUACUCACUUUACUGGCGACAUGGUCAUAUUUUAGCAAGGCUACGGAGCGGCGGUUCAUGCUGCAGGAUGCUUCGUCUCCGCUCCUCAAAAGAAACGAGCUCACGGAAUGCCGGGAUGUUCACCGAGCCGACGAUCAGUGUGCCUUCGUCAAGGCUCACUGCGCUGAAGACGAGGCUGGUCUCCUGUCGUACUUGACUCUUUACUACUGCGACCUAAACAAAACACAGGCAUUUGCCUUUGUUAUACUAGUCUGCUGGCUUGGCCUACUUUUCACCACCAUUGGCAUCGCCGCCAGCGACUUCUUCAGCGUUAAUCUCAACACCAUAUCUACCAUCCUAGGUCUCAGCGAGAGCUUGGCCGGUGUGACCUUUUUGGCCUUUGGAAAUGGGUCUCCCGACGUCUUUAGUACCUUUGCAGCCAUGGGCUCCAACAGCGCCAGCAUGGCGGUUGGCGAGUUGAUCGGCGCUGCAAGCUUCAUCACUGCCGUGGUUGCCGGGUCCAUGGCUUUGGUUCGUGAGUUCAAAGUGGGCAGGAAGACGUAUGUUCGCGAUUUAUGCUUCUUCAUUGUGGCAGUCUGCUUCACCAUGGUCUUCCUGGCAGAUGGCCACCUUCAUUUGUGGGAGUGCAUAACUAUGGUCUGCUACUACAUCUUCUACGUGGUUACCGUGGUCACCUGGCAUUGGUACUCGACAAGGCGGAGCCAGCGGCGGGUCCGGGAAGCAGCCGCACGAGGUCAUGUAUACGGAGCUGUGGGGCAUCCCAACGAUGAGCUGGCCCCGGAACCAUACCGGGAUGAUCCCGACGACGAGGACCGUCAAGUCACUUCUACAUCCGCUUCAAACGCCGGAGAUAUCAGUACAUUGGAAGCUGGACCAAGAAUUGAAGUUGAUGACCACGAAGACGGCGAAGAUGAAGCUGAAGAGACCGAGCAUGGAAGACAUGUUGUUGCCGAGAUGGCAAGCAGCAUGCGUGUUCUGCGUCCCCGAGGCCGCCGACGCAACACAUUGACGCCAAUUCGUCCCAGCUUAGUCGGUGCCUUGGAAUUUCGAUCAGCCCUGGCACAGUUACAGAGGGAAAGCAACCUCCGGCUUCGACCUAUGCACGGACGAGCAUACUCGGUCAACAACAUUGGAGCACAUGGCGAAACAGCAACUACGGUUGGACCGCCAUCCGACUCGGGAAGAUAUACUAUUAGCGCCAUUGAGGGCCUCGGUCAGAAUAGAAAUCGAGCCAUGUCAUCUGGCGACGUUCCUGGUUCACUGGCUACCAGCCGCGACCAUUCUCCUUGGCGCUUCCCCCCUCAAGGGACGUCUGCGAAUCCCGUUCAACAAGUGAAGGCGCAAGACGCCAGGAAUCGGAGUCCAUCCCCUGCUUAUAAGAUUGGUGGCAACCUUGCGCCCCCUCCUGUUGAGCCUGUACCGCUGCAACUGGAUCCCGCUGCCAGCGAGUCCCUAGAAUCUCGACACUUCCCUGGGCAGCUUUCGCUUCAAAUUCCAAGCAGACGUACAAGCUUCAGCGAUCGAUCCUCGCCAGUAUCCCCCUUCCCUGGCUACACGGAUUCCCCUAUGGUAUUGACGCCAGCACCUCAGAAUGAACCAACGGAAUUCAUCAUGCCGCCCGGCCCAGCCCGCAUGGAGGUUCCCUUUGCGCCUUAUGAGAUCAACGACCCAAAGCCUGUGAGGUGGUGGCCAUAUGCUAUAUUGCCUCCUCCUCAUAUUUUCUGGAGUACAUUAUUCCCUACCCUUUUAGGAUGGCAGCAGAAAAGCUACUGGGACAGAUUUGUUAGCACCAUAUCGGUCCCUAGUAUCUUACUGCUUGUGCUCACCCUUCCGGUUGUUGAAAGUGAAAGCCCAGAUGAGUCACCAGAUGAUACCAUCGUGGAUUCGUUGGCGCAAGGACCCAACGGUCGUGCCAAUGCCUCCCUGACCCUACCUGAAGGCGAGCCCAUCGAGCAAGAAUCAGAGUGGCAACGUUUCAGGCGAAGUACCCUGACGCACUCCCGUAUUCCAUCAGUUGAGCACUCGCCCAAGGGCUCUCCAGCACUCAUUGCCGUCGAUGAUCCAAGUGGUGCACGUGUGGCUACUGAAGCCCCCACCAGCCAUCCGCAAACCGUUAAACCAGCAGCACCGUUGCCUUCGGAAAGCAGCCUAGCCGCUGUAGAUGAUUCUGGCCAAUGGAACAGAUGGCUGGUGGCUAUCCAACUAUUUACCGGUCCUUUGUUUGCAGUGGUAAUUCUUUGGGCAAAUAUGAUGGAAGACUUCCAACAACCAUACAAGGUCCUCGUCAGAUUCAUUCUCUACACCCUUCUAGCAUCUACCAUCUUGCUUGGCCUUCUGUUAAUGACAACGAAUCCUGACAAAAGACCUAAAUUCCACUUUUUGUUGUGUUUUAUGGGGUUCAUCAUUGCCAUUGCCUGGAUUUCCACCAUUGCGGGUGAGGUUGUUGGCGUUUUGAAGGCUUUUGGUGUUAUUUUGGGAAUCUCUGAUGCCCUUCUUGGAUUGACUAUCUUCGCAGCGGGCAACAGUGUGGGCGAUCUGAUUGCCGAUAUUACUGUUGCCCGCCUUGGCUACCCUGUAAUGGCUCUGUCCGCUUGCUUCGGUGGUCCCAUGCUCAACAUUCUCCUCGGCAUCGGCAUUGGCGGUGUCUAUAUGAUGGUCCAAGCCGCAAACCAUCGGCACAAAAAACACCCCGACAAACCCUUCAAGUACCACCCAUACCAAAUUCAGAUUGGAGGCACUCUGAUGAUUUCGGCCAUUACGCUGCUCCUCACUCUGCUGGGUCUUUUGAUAAUCGUCCCAAUGAACAAGUGGGUAAUGUCACGAAAAAUUGGUUGGGGUCUCAUUGCCAUCUGGACCAUCAGCACCAUGGUAAAUGUUAUCGUCGAGAUGACGGGAGUAUGGACCGACGUGUCAUACUCUAUCGCCUUUUAA